AUGGGUAAUUGCAAUAUCUACGGUUAAGAGAUAGAAGAAGAAGAUUUAAAUCAAUCAUCAAGGAAUUUUGAAUUCUUGGAACUCUUGGGAUAGGGAAAUUUUGGGAAAGUUUGGAAGGUUCAAAGGAAAAAAACUAAGGAAUACUUUGCUAUGAAGGUCAUGGAUAAGGAAUUAAUAAUAAGGAAGUAAUAUGCUACUGUUGUGAUGUAGGAACAAAACAUACUCACUUCUAUUAGGCAUCCAUUUCUAGUUAAUCUUAUUUCAUCCUUCCAAGAUAAAAAAAGAUUAUACCUAACACUUGAUCUGUUGACUGGAGGAGACUUUAGAUAACAUUUAAAUUACAAUAAGGUGUUUUCGGAAGAAUAAACAAAAUUCUUCAUCGCCUGUAUAAUAGUAGCCUUAGACUAUCUUCAUUCGCAAGGGAUUAUUCAUAGAGACCUUAAACCUGAAAAUCUGGUGAUGGAUCAUAGAGGUUAUCUCAGAUUAACAGAUUUUGGUUUGGCCUCAAUAUGGAGGCCCAACAAUUCCUAGGAGAUAAAUGGGACUUUGGGCUACAUAGCACCGGAAAUUAUGUGCAAAUAAAACCAUGGAAUAGCUGUUGAUUACUUCGCAUUAGGUGUUAUAGCUUAUGAAUGUAUGUUUGGAAAAAGACCAUACAGAGGAACAAAUGCCAAUCAAAUUAGGGAUUUAUUUCUAUCUUAAUAAGUUUAAAUUAAACAAUCCCAGCUUCCGAUUGGCUGGAGCUUAGAGGCUGGAGACUUUAUAAAUAAACUAAUAUAAAGAAAACCAGAAAAUAGGCUCGGUGCUAAUUCUCCAAGUGAUGUUAAGAAUCAUAGAUGGUUUUAAAAUUUCAACUGGCAGAAUUUACAAUCUAAAAUCAUUAUUCCACCUUAUUAACCCAAAAGAAAAUUUAGUUGUGUGGAAAAUAGUUAAUAAUGUUGUGAGAAUAAAAAACAGAUGAACAAAAUAAUUUUGAAUGAUUAGCAAUAAUGUAUUAAUAAAUUUAAACCUUUAGCUUAAUUCGAAGGCUAUUGUUUUGAGGCUGAAUAAAUAAAGAAUAAAGUAUGA